GAGGCGGAAGGCGCCGCGGGGCCCGCGCUCCCUCCGGCCGCUCCGACAGCCAUGGGCGAGCGCGGCAACGGCGGCGUCCAGCAGCCCAGGAGGCGCACGGGGGUCGCGGGCGGAGGCGGCUCUCGGCAGACCCGCGGCGCAGAGGGAGAGGCCAGCCCGGCCCAGCGCGGCGCUGGGGAUGGCGCGGACCCUUCCUCCUCCUCCGACGCCGACUUCAGGUGUCACAAGCUGCAGGAUUCCCUGCUCAGCUCCGCCAGCGGCUUCAGCAACUACAGGGGCAUCUUGAACUGGUGCGUGGUCAUGCUGGUCCUCUGCAACGCCCGCCUCUUCCUGGAGAACCUCAUCAAGUAAGUGCCAGGAUCUCUUCCUCCCUCAA